AUGUACAAAGUAUUUGAAAGUUUACUUAAGGUUUAUGCCUCAAGUGAAGCCCGCUCACGUUAUUACAAGGUAUGGAUAUUCGGCGACGUCUGGUGUUCAGUAUGGCUGGCUGUAGACGUCUGGAUGUGCACGGCCUCAAUCCUGAACCUGUGUGCCAUCUCCCUGGACCGCUACGUGGCCGUCACAAGGCCUGUAAGCUACCCUAGCAUCAUGAGCAGAAAAAGGGCUAAGGCCCUUAUAGCUGGUCUUUGGGUGCUGUCUUUUGUCAUCUGCUUCCCGCCGCUGGUCGGAUGGAAGGAUAAAAAGCCUGAAGAAGCAGACAUAAAAGACGGUUGGGUGCCCAACCCCCCCUGUGAAUGGACCUGCGAGCUGACCAACGAUGCUGGCUACGUCGUCUACUCGGCUCUCGGAUCCUUCUACAUCCCCAUGUUCGUGAUGCUAUUCUUCUAUUGGAGAAUAUAUAAAGCUGCUGUUAGAACCACCAAAGCAAUUAAUCAGGGUUUUAGAACGACAAAAGCCUGCUCUCAAUUUGCAGGCAAAGGUAUGGGCAGUCGGUUUGAUGACAACCGACUGACGCUUCGGAUACAUAGGGGUAGAGGAUCCAACCGUCCCCACGGAUCUCCGCUGUCCAAUGCCUCCAAUCAUUCUACGAGUACUUCCCUUAGUGCUUCUCCGGAAAGAUUAAGAAGACACUCAAGCGCCCGACGAGCUCAUGAGAAAGUGAAAAUCUCCGUAUCAUAUCCCUCAUCAGAACAAAUAUGUCCAGCUCAUGAGAACUCCAUGUCUUCAAGUAGAUCUCCCAGCCCAUCUUUAUACGCAGUCCAUUAUGAACGAGACGGGAGGGAACUGACAGAAAGCCGGUUGAGGGUUCGACCUUCGCACCACUUGGCUCCAGGACCUUUGUAUGAUGAGUAUGAUGAUAAGCCAAGAACCACUAGGAGGAUGGGAAAGAGGAAUAUUAAAGCUCAGGUAAAACGCUUCCGAAUGGAGACGAAAGCAGCCAAGACCCUCGGCAUCAUAGUCGGAGGUUUCGUGUUCUGCUGGCUCCCCUUCUUCAGCGUGUACGUUGUGAGGGCGUUCUGCGGGGACUGUGUCAGCCCUAUCGUCUUCUCUGUGCUGUUCUGGUUGGGCUACUGCAACUCCGCCAUCAACCCCUUGAUUUAUGCGCUGUUCUCUAAGGACUUCAGAUUCGCAUUCAAACGCAUAAUCUGCAAGUGCUUCUGUGGCGGUGGUGGGCCUAGAAGAGAAUCGGAUGGCGAAGGUUCUAGGCGACAAAACAAUAAACCAACUCAUUCGCACUCACUUGAAGAACAUGACGCGAACAACCACACCUCCACCACAACUAGUACUAGCGCUGCAGAUAGGUGACGGCGAGCAAUGCGACGGCAAAAUCCGCAGUUCCAGUCAACCGUCGCAUGCGUUUAGUUAAUGAAAGUCAACUUUAGCGUUUAUUAACUGAUAAAAUAACGUAACACAAUAUAUAAAAACCGUUUUUUAUCUGUAUAUUGUUACCAAACGCGUCCUACUGUAGAAGUCAUAAUUAUUGUUAGUAUAAGUAAAUGUGUGUAUAAAAAUUACAUCGUUAUAACGUAUAAAUAACAUAGUUAUUUUACCGUUAUUUCGUACAAAAUAGCUAAAAUACAAGCUGUUUUAAAAAUUAUAACUGUGCGCACUUCAGUGAAUGUUUUUAAAAAGUGAAUUUAUUUAUUGAAAAGACUGUCAGAACUUAAUUGUACCUAAUAUUACGUAAUAAAUUAUGCGAAAUAACCAAAUUAAUGUUGUAACGAGGAACUUUAAUGAAAUAAAUUAAGGAAAAAUGUAGAUAUCUAUUAGACUAUCGGGCGUGGACUGCACAGAAUAUAUAAAUGUUCAUGUAUAAGCACGCUCUGGAUCUUUUUAGUAUCUCCAAUUUUUAAACGCUUAUAACUGAUACGUCAUUUAGUACUUAUCCUAGUAACUUAUUCCUCACUCAACUCUAAGAGUAAUCUAAGUAAAAUUAUGCCUGAAGCCUAUAACAUAAUAAUAUUGUCCCUUUUCCAUAAGUAGAUAAGCUAGAAGUCCUAAAAUUUCGAAUCUUAUAGUAAAUUCUUGUCUCCCUUCAUAACUUUAUAUAGUAAACAAAUAUUUUUUUUCCUCAACCUUUUGACCUACUUAGGAAAACAUCUUCUGAUUUAAUAUCUAUCAUACUUUCGAGCUUUUCAUUUAUAAAUGUCAUUCUAAGGAUCUUGACAAGAACCAAGCUUGACUUCCACUAGUAAAAAGUCUUAAUUAACUUUACAACGUAAUUUAAACCAGCAUCCGAACAAUAGAUCUAAUUUUAUACUAAUCCAAGAAACUGUAAAUGCCUUAUAAAUAACAAGCAGGUUUUGUUAUAAAAUUAUUAAAAGAAAUUAAAAAACUAAGCAAUAUAAUACCGACUAUCUGAAAUUUAAGUCAAUACGUUAAGUUGUACCUUUGUAGUUUGAACUGACCUUAAAUAUCGGAGGUCGACAGUGCCUGUUUUUUAUAAGUAAACUGUAUCUUUGAACUUAAACUAGACUAUAAAAAUGAAAAUAUAAAUCAACAAAUCUGUCUAAGGCAAAUGUACAAACUUCUAGUGAUUUAAAGGGGACGAAUAAAUGAAUAGCCUGUCUGAAUAACAGCGUAGUUGGUGCAACAGUGACCCAUAUCAAACUGUUCCAAUGAUGACUUCAAUACCAAGCUGCGGUCAGCAUAAACGGGUAUUUAAAUAGUCAAUGGAUAAAUAAAGAUCUCAACGUUCCUCAACUUUAUUCGAUUGUGUAUUCGAUGUUUUAACAUUAUAUUCGUUAGGCGAGUUGUAUGUUUACGUGUGAGCG